GGGGAAAGAAAGAGAUCAGCCCUACAAGUGUUUGUUUACUGGCGAGCUAGAAAGUACGAGCUCACAGAGAGGACCGUGAAGGCAGCUGUUAUGGGUGUUAUGUAAGUUUUGCAGCGGAGGCUGUGACAACGGGACUUCGCCUCCAAGGAGCAAAGCAUGUUUUUGCAAAGGCUGCUUUUGUACACGUCGACAGCAUGGAAUAUUUGUUUUAUGUUAUCGCUGCAUUUCAUAUGCAGGAUCUUGCAUUUUAUUUCACCAAGUCUUGCCAAGAAGUUAAUCCUCAAAAUUGGUGAAAGGACCACCAUGACCCAGAACCCCAAAUUUAAAUAUGAAGAUUGGGGUCUGACAUUUAAGUCUACAACGUCCAUCAAAACCUCGUUGAAGCACAUGUGGUUGUCUCUUGGACAAGAGGCUUUUGUGGGAAGCGACGCUCCGGACUCACCUGUGGUCAGCAUGGAGGGAGAGAGAUCAAGUAUCUGCAAGUACCUGAAAGGCAACAGACCGCUGGUGUUGAGUUUUGGGAGUUGCACCUGACCCCCGUUUAUGUUCAAACUUGAGGAGUUCAAGCAACUCGUCAAGGACUUCCGUGAUGUAGCUGACUUUCUUGUGAUCUACAUCUCUGAGGCACACUCAACAGACGGUUGGGCCUUUAUCAACAACUUUGACAUCAAUGAGCACCAGAACCUGGAGGAAAGGUUGUCCGCUGCACAGAUCCUGGUACAGAAAGAGCCUCUGUGUCCAGUGGUUGUGGAUGAAAUGAAAAAUGCCGCUGCCAUAAAGUAUGGUGCUAUGCCAGAGAGGCUUUAUGUGCUGCAGGCUGGGAAAAUUGUGUUCAAGGGUCAGCUUGGGCCUUGGGGCUACAAUCCAGAAGAGGUGCGUUCAUUGCUGGAGAAGAUGAAAUAAGAAUAAGAAGGGGACACAGAUGUCAACAUUGUAACCAGCAUAUAUUACUCCUAUAACACUACAUAUAUGUAUAUAUAGACUGAAUGUAGUCCUAUAGUUUGUUUCUGCUAUCUCUUACGCAAUCCAUUGCACAAGUAGAAAACAUGUUGCCUUCAGGAUCUCCUGCAUUCCAAAAACACAUCUCACAGCUGUCAAUCUCUGAGCUUGAACUCACCUCUCGGCGUUUCUUAGUGACGGCUACAGAUUAAACCGUUGGCCUCUGUAACCAGAUGAUGUGAAACAUGCUGAGAGACGGUCAAGUGUUUGUGUUUGACGGGAUCAACGGGAGAAAAGUCAACGAAAGCGUUUGUUUUCUGCUUCUCUUGCAGGUUAAGUAUAUCAUCAGAAGUGCAAUCUGCGUAAAUCACUAAUGGUUUCUAUUGUGGCUGAAUGCUUCAGUGUAAUUUCACAGGAGGCUGCUUUUUAUAUGAUGAUUACAGUGCAAACCUCUGGUAGCUGUAAUCUGAAGACUUAAAAGUAGGCAUUCUUUGAAUUAUGUGGGACACAUUUAGAAGUCACUUAAAUGAAUGAAUUGAUUGUUUCUAAUAUCAUGAAUGAUUGCAUUAUAGGAUAACAAUGAAUAAUCUGUGAUGAAUCCUGCAUCAAGUUCUUAAGUGUGUUGCAGUUCAUCUAUUCAUUUUGUUUUGUUUUUUUCUUUAAGACACUUGUCAUCAACUGAUCAAAUGUCUGUCAGUUUCCAUAUUGUAAAUCUGAAAAAAGUGAGAGUUAAAUCAACAUUUUGAUUUGAAAUAAAACAUGUGUGAUCCAAGUUAUUGCUCUCACAGUAAAUCAUUAAAAUGAGAAGCAGAAAAA